UCUUUCACCCUGCGAAAUUACGAAAGAGCGGCCCACCCCAGUGCUAUAAAAGGGGCGGUGAGUCGCGCGCCUCCGCUUUGGCUUUGCAGUCUGCGACAGCAACUCCGAGGAUCGGCCGGACGCUCAGAUUGAGGACCGACCAAAGGAGCAGCAGGAUGCAGCUGGCUUCGGCUCUCCUGCUGCUGCUGGCGCUGGGCGCCUGCCGAGCGGAGCGCGAUUGCCGCGUGGACAGCUUCCGAGUGAUGGAAAACUUCGACAAGGCCCGAUUCUCCGGGACCUGGUACGCAAUGGCCAAGAAGGACCCUGAGGGGCUCUUCCUGCAGGACAACAUCGUCACUACGUUCUCAGUGGAACCCGAGACUGGCAAGAUGAAAGCCACGGCCAGAGGCAGAGUCAGGCUUCUCAAUGACUGGAAUGUGUGCGCGGACAUGGUGGGCACCUUCACGGAUACAGAAGACCCUGCCAAGUUCAAAAUGAAGUACUGGGGAAUGGCGUCCUUUCUCCAGAGAGGAAAUGAUGACCACUGGAUCAUAGAUACUGACUACGACACCUAUGCGCUUCAGUACUCCUGCCGUUUAAGAAACCUUGAUGGCACCUGUGCAGACAGCUACUCCUUCGUGUUUUCUCGGGAUCCUCAUGGUUUACCCCUCCGUGCGCAGAGAGUGAUUAGGCAAAGGCAAGAAGAGCUUUGCUUAGGGAGGCAGUACCGGAUGAUUGUUCAUGAUGGUUACUGUGGUUAAUAGAAACCCCAAGCAAGCAAUGGAAACUCAUUUCAUCACUACACCAUGAAUGUAGAGUUUCAUUUAAAAACUUCAAAAAAAAAACCCCUCAUUUAACCUUCAGAUCUAUUUAUCUGAGUUGCCUAGUUUGUUUCGAAAAAAAUAGAGAACUCUAUCAAACAUAAAUUUAUAAAGGAAUGCAUGCUCAUUGUAACAAAAUGUACAUGUUUACUAUUAGUUUCUUUUAAAAAAUAUAGAUAUAAUAAUUUCAAAAUAUUAUAAAAUGUAAUCUUCCACUUACUCUUGUUUUGGUUUUUGUUAACAUCCAAAUUAGAAGUAUUCAUCUCUCUUCUUUACAAGCACAGUGAGGAGAGAAUAUAUUUUGAUUCAUGUAAAGAAACUCUCAAGGAUGGAAAUCUCUCAGCUGGAGACCUCAAGAAUGUUGAUGUCCCCCACAAAAUCCCAUGUGAAGAAGGGUUAAUGGUUAAACUCUAAGCCUGAUAUAGUUACGGACUGGGUUUGUCUUUGGAUAAACUAGACUCAAAUCCAUCUUCAUCUCUAAUUACCUCCCUGGAAUUUGGGGCAAUCAACCUCCAGAUGCCUGUUUCUAAAUGGAGCAGUGAAGAAAGUAUAUCUCUCUCCUAAUUUUCCAUCUUUUCACCUAUUACUUUUGAUUAAUAAAAUUAUUAAUUUAAAA